AUGGAGCGACUCUCCGGCCCCGCUGCGUCCCAGGUGACGCUGCUGGAUGCUGCUGCCCACCCUAAGGAGGAAGGUGUGCCUGCAGGGUUCCCAGAGGCCCUGUGCCACAGGGAAGAGGAGGAAGAGGAUGAACGGAGCCCAAGACCUGUCACCUUCAUGCUGGGCAACGAGGUAGUGGGGCUAGGCCCAGAGAGUGACUUCCAGAACCCUGAUGCUGAAGUCUACAUGCACUUCAUGAGAAGCCACUGUUGCUACGAUGCCAUCCCCACCAGCUGCAAGCUUGUUGUCUUUGACAUCUCCCUGGAGAUCAAGAAAGCCUUUGUGGCACUGGUGGCCAAUGGGGUGCGUGCUGCCCCACUCUGGGACAGCAAGACGCAGAGCUUUGUGGGGAUGCUCACCAUCACCGACUUCAUCAACAUCCUCCACCGCUACUACCGUUCACCCCUGGUUCAGAUCUAUGAGGUGGAGGAGCACAAGAUUGAGACCUGGAGAGAGGUGUACCUGCAGGGAUCCUUCAAGCGGCUGGUGUACAUCUCCCCGAGUAAUAGCCUCUUUGAUGCAGUCUACUCCCUGAUCAAACACAAGAUCCACCGCCUGCCUGUCAUCGAGCCUGUCUCGGGCAAUGUCCUGCACAUCCUGACGCAUAAGCGCAUCCUCAAGUUCCUCCACAUCUUCGGCUCCACCAUCCCCAAGCCACGCUUCCUGAAGAAGACAGUGCAGGAGCUAUGUGUCGGCACCUUCCGUGAUAUAGCAGUUGUGCCCGAGACUGCCCCUGUCUACACCGCACUGGAGAUCUUUGUGGAUCGCCGUGUUUCAGCCCUGCCAGUCAUCAAUGAUGCUGGGCAAGUGGUUGGCCUCUAUUCCCGGUUCGAUGUCAUUCAUCUGGCAGCCCAGAAGACCUACAACAACCUGGACAUUAGUGUGCGGGAAGCACUGCGGCAGCGCACUAUCUGCCUGGAGGGGGUCCUCACCUGCUACUCCCACGAAACCAUGGAGGACAUCAUUGAUCGUAUUGCCAAGGCACAGGUCCAUCGCUUGGUUCUGGUGGACGAGAAUCAGUACCCACGGGGCAUCGUCUCCCUUUCUGAUAUCCUCCAGGCCCUUGUGCUCACUCCUGCAGGUAUCAAUGCUCUUAACUCUUAG